AUGCCACUUGCUACUCCCUUCAUUUCCCAUCUGGACGGUGGCUUUUUCGACAGAAACGACCGCGAUGUCGAUGUCGCAGCGAAGAUAUUGGCUGCAGCACGAGACGAAAGACCUGUCACUGAAGAAGAGAUGGAAGCAGUGAGACGAAAGAUCGACUGGCAUAUGGUUCCGAUGCUAUUCGUUUGUUACCAGUUAUCGGGCUGGGAUAAAGUUAUUGUCGGGACUGCUGCUAUAUAUGGACUAAAAGAGGACCUUGGAUUGACCGGCUACCAAUAUAGCUGGGUAGGAUCUAUUAUGUACAUCGCAUUCCUCAUUGGUAUAUUCCCAACACUAUGGCUCCUCCAACGCCUUCCGACUGGAAAGUAUUUGGCCGUAAACAUUUUUCUCUGGGGAGUAGUAGAAAUGUGUCAUGCAGCAUGUACUAACCCUGCGGGUAUCCUUGUUUGUCGCUUUUUCCUGGGUCUGUUUCAAUGCUGUGAUCUUCCAGCAAUGAUAAUUAUCGCCACUAUGUGGUGGAAAAAGUCCGAGCAACCGGUCAGAAACGCCAUCAUAUGCUCUGUAACUUCAUCCAUCGGAAACGGAUUGAUCUCAUUUGGGUUUGGCCACCUUAGACACAGCGCAAUCGCAGUGUGGAAGUAUAUAUUCCUUUCAGUUGGUGCAUUUACCGUGCUGUAUGGCGCGCUGAUGUUCUUCGUACUACCGGACAGCCCUGCAGAUGCUAAAUGGCUUUCAGACAGGGAAAAGGUGGUAGCUGUGGAGAGACUAAGGGAUGAGAAGCUGGGGAUGGAAAACAAGACAUGGAAGUGGCCCCAGGCAUACGAGGCCGUUACAGACUGGAAGAACUGGAUUCUGUGGUUCUUCUUCAUUUCUGUCAAUAUCCCAAAUGGGGGUCUCAUCGCGUUCAGUACAAUAAUUAUCAAUAGCCUUGGAUUUAGCGCUUUGGACUCUUCUUUGAUGACCAUCCCUACAGGAGUCAUAUCGACUAUCAGCGGUAUUUUCUUCAGCUACUUCGUGGGAAGAACCCGAAAAUACCGCUCCUUGGUCACUGUUUCGAGUUUGAUCAUCCCGUUAGUCGGGACUAUCGUCGUUUAUGUACUCCCGAGAAGCAAUGCCGCUGGCCAACUAGUUGGGCUUUAUAUGCUCUACGUUUACUGGGCACCAUACGUCUGUGGUCUUGCCAUGUUCCAGGCAAAUACAGCAGGUCACACGAAGAAGACAACCGUAAACGCAAUGGACUACGUCGCAUAUGCUGUCGGUAAUAUUAUUGGACCCCAGACCUUCCUCGAAGACCAAGCACCGAAGUAUAUUGGAGCGACAGUCGCAAUGCUGCUGUGCUACGCAGUAUGCAUAGUCCUUGCUCUAGCUUACGGUAUCGUAUGCAGAAUGCAAAAUGCGAAGAGAGAAAAAUCAUGCGCGUCCAUAUCAGAAGACGCUAUUGAUGAGCAUUCAGCGGAUUUCUUGGAUUUUACAGACAAGCAGAAUGUAACGUUUAGGUAUACAACUUAA